AUCCGAUACCCGAGCCUCAGUGAGAGCGAGGAGCGGCUGUAGGCGGUACCGGCUCUGGAGAGCGAUUCGGUCCGGGCUCCGAUCCGGUCUCCAUGGCCGUCAGCUCUAGGCUUGGUGUCUUCCUGAAUCUGCGCGCCCUGUCUCGGGCUUAUAGUCUGUUGGUGGCCGGAGGCCGGAGUCCCUGCUUCCCGUCGGUGUCGGUGAGGGAGCCGCAGGCCCGGAGUGGGGCCUCGGUCUCGGGUACAGUCAGGGCCGGGCUCCAUCCCCGCUACUCACAUCAGGAGACGUUUCACCCUGUGCAAGAGGAAGUCUAUCCCCCACUCCCUGAUUAUGUGCCAGCUCCAGUAGACAUGGGGACCAGUGUGUUUGUAGUGAGGGCUCGGGGACUGCCGUGGUCCUGCUCUGCAGAAGAUGUGCUGAGUUUUUUCUCAGAUUGUGGCGUUGUGGAUGGUGUUAAAGGUGUGCACUUCCUGUGCAGCAGAGGUGGCAAGCCAAGUGGAGAAGCAAUUAUUGAACUCCAGUCUGCAGAAGAUGUGAAAAAAGCUCUGGAAAAGCACAGGAAAUACUUGGGAGAACGUUACAUUGAAGUGUUUGAACUAAGCAACAAUGAUGUGAGCGUCCUAUUGAAACGGCUCCACUCCAGUGAAAAGGAAUUGACUGACGGACGCGUUGUGCGUCUGAGGGGCCUGCCGUUUAGCUGUACUAUACAGGACAUCACUCAGUUCUUUGCUGGGUUGGAAAUUGUAGAAGAUGGUGUAACCAUAACAAGAGAUCACCGUGGAAGAAAUACAGGAGAUGCUUUUGUCCAGUUUGCGUCUCAGGAAAUUGCAGAGCAGGCCCUGACUAAAGACCGACAAAUGAUAGGAUCCAGGUACAUUGAAAUAUUCCGGAGCACCAAGAAUGACCUCCGUUUAUACAUCAGUCCUACAAAGAGGCUGCCUCGAUGUCCCACUGCACGGGAAAUUGUAACAGAUGAUGAAAGCUGUACCGUAGCUAACAAUGACAGUAAUAACGGGGUUAUAGAAGAGAGUGUUCAGAAUGUGCAGCUACCUACAAAUGAUUUAGUAUCUAAUCACUGUGUUCAAAGAUCUGAAGUACAUAAUGUACAUAUGAGGGGCCUUCCAUUUCGUGUUAAUGGACAGGACAUUGUAAAGUUCUUCCAGCCAUUGAGGCCAGUACGGAUUAUUGUGGAAUAUGGUCCUGAUGGAAAAGCCACUGGAGAAGCUGAUGUACAUUUUGCGACUCAUGAUGAUGCUGUUGCUGCCAUGACGAAAGAUAAAUCUCACAUACAACAUCGCUACAUAGAACUUUACCUGAAUUCGGCAUGUGCUGGGAUUAGCAUCACAUAUAAUGACCAAGGAAAUCAAGUGAAGGGUUCUGAAGCGAGUUAAGUAGUCAUUCCUUUCAAUGUCAUUUGCUUUGGAAAUGAAACUUCCUGAUUAAGCAGAUUACCCAAACACUAGGAAAACUAAUAAGAGAAAGUGGCACAGGAGCUCACGGCUGCAUCAAAACCAGACACAGCAAUUGUGGUCGAUCCACUGGCAGAUGAAUCGCAUUGCUAAUGAAGGGCAAGUCAAGGUCCGUUUUGUUUGCUACCCUAUUGUAGCCUGUAUUCUGGAUUAUGUGUCUUGUAACACGUUUUAAUGUUACAUUACCAGAUAAAAUAAAUGCAGGUAUUUUAACAAGUUACAUCCUUAACAUCUUGAGUGCCUGACUGUAUUGUGUGUUUGGCAGAAAUGUAAAAUUAUUAACUUCAGCAUCCAUAUUAUUGUGAAUUAAUUUUUUAAUGUAUUGAAAUGUUAGUUGGACAGAUCUAAAGGCUUAUUACAGCUCUGAUUUCCCCCUUGUCUGGUUAGAAAAUGAAAAAUGGAAUAGAUGCAAUUCUUUUGUGAAAUAUUUUGCAUUUUUUCAUGACUAACUGUAAGGUACAAUGCAUUGACAGAAAUUUCCCAGCAGUGGUUAUUUACUUUUUCAAAAACAACUAAAUAACCAGAAAGGGCAUGGCAUUUGUACAUUUAAUAAAACAUUCAUUGUGUUUGCAUUGACAAAGUACAGAACAGAAAUGUUGCAAGUUGGCAUUCUGGUUCUGUUUUGGGAAUGGUUUUCUUGGUAGGUACUUGGCUUUGAUCCGGGAGAGAACCAUCACAUGUCACUGUAAUGGCUGAUGCGCAAUGGUACCAGCUGCAAUUUUAGCCACAGCCAAAUGAGCCACCUUGAAAAAGAAAGAUCAGCUACACACAGCCUUUCAAAACCUCAGGAUGGCCCCAAGGGGCUUUACAGUGAAGUACAUUGUAAGUGUAGUGUUAUCAGCUGAUAGCAAUCUACCGUGCCUAAUAUUACUGAGUGAAAUCUGGCUUGAUAGACCAUCAGUUUUACUUUUUCAUUUGUUUUCUUUAGUAGUCACUCACUAAAAAUAUUCACAUGAGACCACCAAUGCACCUUAAGCAGAAGAACUACUACACAAUGGGGGAGCAGCGCAAACUAUUUUACACUAAGAACUAUGUGAAUGGUCUUAUUUUUAUAGGAAGGUGGUGGUAUAGUGGUAAUGUCAUUGAAUUAGUCAUCACAGUACUACACUAAUAUCCAGAGGACAUUGCUUCAUUUUCACAAUGACAGAUGGUAAAGUUUAAGUUCAAUAAAAAAAUUCUGGAAUUAAAAGUUAGUCCAAUGA